UUAAGAAUUGGCGAAUCACAAUCGAUUAUUACAAAAAUAAUCGGCUAUAAUUGAUCAGAAUGACUUUAAUAUCAAAUCAAGAAUGAGUCACUGAACUAUGGUUAACACGUUAAUAAUUUUAAAUUAUCAGUCAAGUAUUUUUUCACUAAUUAAACUAACAUGUAUAAUUAGGUGAAUUUGACAGUGCAGCAUGAGUUCAACAACAGAAAUAACAAACAGUGAUAUGCAUUAUGACAAGACCAAUUUUUAUAUUGGUCUAGGAUUAGCAAUUAGUUCUAGUGGUUUUAUAGGUGCCAGUUUUAUCAUAAAAAAAAAAGCUUUGAUUCAACUUCAGAGAUAUGGUGUACGUGCUUCAUCCGGUGGUUUUGGUUAUUUAAAAGAUUGGAUGUGGUGGGCUGGUCUGUUGUCUAUGGGUAUAGGAGAGGCAGCAAACUUCAUUGCAUAUGCAUUUGCACCAGCAUCACUUGUAACACCAUUGGGUGCACUGAGUGUUCUGGUGUCAGCAGUAUUAGCAUCCAAAUAUCUUAAUGAGAGAUUGAAUCUACUGGGGAAGAUGGGUUGUUUAUUAUGUAUCUUAGGUUCUACCAUAAUAGUAUUACAUUCUCCCAAAGAGGAAGAAGUGAGCAGCUUAAGCGAAUUGUUUAUCAAAAUAAAGGAACCUGCAUAUGUGUCGUAUGUUCUUAUUGUGAUAAUAUGUACUUUGUCAAUUGUAUUUCAUUUUGGACCUGCAUAUGGCAAACAAAAUAUUUUAAUAUAUAUUUGCCUGUGCUCGUCCGUCGGCUCACUGACUGUAAUGAGCUGUAAAGGACUAGGUUUAGCAUUGAAGGAGAAUAUUUCUGGUAAAGAAAAUGCAUUUGCCAAUUGGUUGACAUGGAUUUUCAUGUUUAGUGUUAUUCUUUGUAUUAUGGUGCAAAUGAAUUAUCUAAACAAAUCACUAGAUUUAUUUGACACAUCGAUCGUGACUCCGAUCUAUUACGUUUUCUUCACGACUCUUGUGAUAAUAGCUUCUGCGAUUUUGUUUCGAGAGUGGCAGAAAAUGAGUGCUGAGGAUAUACUCGGUGCUUCUUGCGGAUUUCUUAUAGUUAUAAUUGCAAUAUUCUUGUUGAAUGCCUUCAAAGAUGUAGACAUACACUACAGUAAUAUCAGACAUAUGUUGAGACCAAAAAGGGAAAUACUGUUAAAUUAUAAUUCAAGAUGGGACUCCAGAGAGGAAGAAAGAAGAGCAAAUAAAGUGGAGUCUCAACACUUGCUCAAUCACAGUUAUAGCAACUCAAAUUUCACUAGAACCAUCUAAAAUUAUUUUCAGAAAUAUUGUACAUCUAACCAAGUGUGUGCUAUAUUUAAAAA